AUGGACAGCCAAAUUCCAGACGGGAUGGAGCCCAUUGCCAUCGUUGGCCUUGGCUGCCGGUUUCCUGGCGACGCGAUCACCCCUCAAGCCUACUGGGACAUGAUGACCCGUGGCAUCUGCAUUCGCGGUGCCCACUUCCUCAAGCAGGACGUGGCAGCGUUUGACAACUCAUUCUUUUCCAUACAGGCUGAAGAGGCCAAGGCCGUGGAUCCACAACAGCGUAUGCUCCUAGAGGUCACAGUGGAAGCGUUGGACAGUUCUGGAAUCGAUCGUGCUGCGCUUCGCAAAUCUGAGACCGGCGUUUGGAUAGGAUCGUUCGUCAAAGAUUACGAACAAAUUGCUCUACGAGAUCCUGACAACGCGCCUUUAUAUGGCGCAACUGGAAAUGGAAUCGCAAUCAUGUCAAACCGCAUUUCAUACUUCCUGGAUAUCAAUGGACCCAGUAUGACGAUCGACACAGGAUGCAGUGCUAGCCUCGUGUGUGUGCACAAUGCUUGCCAGAGUCUUCGCACUGGCGAAGUAGAUGUGGGUUUGGCUGGAGGUGCAGGGCUCAUUCUUACACCAAACACCAUGAUGCCAAUGACAGCAUUGAACUUUCUCAGUCCUGAUGGGAAGAGUUACACAUUUGAUGCGCGUGCCAACGGCUACGGCAGAGGUGAAGGCGUGGGAAUCGUUGUGCUGAAGCGACUUAGCGAUGCCAUACGUGACAAUGACAACAUCCGGGGUGUCAUUCGCGGCUCACGCGUCAACCAAGAUGGGCGCACCCCAGGCAAUGCAGAAGCCCAGAUAAGCAACAUCAAUUCGCUGUAUCAGCGUGCGGGGCUCGGCGUCGACAAGACUGCAUUCGUCGAAUGCCAUGGUACCGGAACACAAGCAGGCGAUUGGCGAGAGCUGAAAGCAGUUACUACUAGUUUGUGUCGGCAGCGAAGUGUCGACAAACCUAUAUACGUGGGGAGCGUCAAACCCAACAUUGGCCAUCUUGAAGGAUGUGCUGGUGUCGCAGGUCUCAUCAAGGGAGUUCUCUCCAUUGAGAAGGGUAUUAUCCCGAAACAGAUUAAUUUCGAGUCCGCGAACCCUGAUAUUGAUUUUGUCGCAUGUAAAGUCAAGGUCCCAAUCGAGAACACUCCAUGGCCAGUGCGCGGUCUCAGGCGCGCCAGCGUCAAUUGCUUCGGAUUUGGUGGGACAAAUGCCCAUGUUAUCCUUGAUGACACCGCUCAUUACCUCGCCGAAAGAGGUCUCUCUGCACAUCAUAACUCUGCUAUCUUGGAUGACAUAAGGGACCCGUCUAUCCCGUAUGGUCAAAUUCCAGAGGCCAUUAUGUCCAUAAAAGCCAGCGUGAAAGAGAUCACGCACUUGGCUAGAGGCUCUGAGGUGCCACAACGGGAUCACAACGCUCAAGUCUUCGUCUUCUCGGCCCACGAUCAACGCGCCCUCUCGUGUAUGCUACAGGACCUAGCAGACUACUUGGUCAAACGCACUGAUGAUGGCUCUAUUUCGAGUGUCUUCCUAGAGGAUCUGGCCUACACACUAGGUUGCCGCAGGACGAAGAUGCAAUGGAGAACAUCAAUAGCUGCAAGCUCUGUCAAGGAGCUCAUCUCCAAGUUGAAAGGAGCAGACCAGUCGCAAUACGUUCGACCAUCGGGCGAGAAGUCAGCAAACAUAGCUUUUGUUUUCGGUGGCCAAGGUGCGCAGUGGCAUGCCAUGGGUCGCGAGUUGCUGGGGUGCGAUAUUUACAGAGAGUCCAUCGUGGCAGCGUCAAAAUACAUGAGCGAAAAACUCGGUAGUAACUUCAGUCUGGUUGCUGAGUUGCUGAAGGAUGAGAAGGACUCACAGAUCGACCGCCACGAGAUCUCACAGCCAGCAACAACGGCGAUACAGGUUGCUCUGGUGGAUUUCCUUGUUCACCACUGCGGCGUCAUUCCCAGCUCCGUCGUUGGGCAUUCUUCUGGCGAAAUCGCAGCCGCAUACGCCAAAGGUGCGAUUACUAGAGAAGCCGCCUGGGCGCUAGCAUAUCAGCGAGGAUCACGAGCAAAACCUAUUCCGUCAGAAGGCUAUGGUGCAACAACCGAAGGACGGAUGCUUGCUGUCGGCUUACCCCAAAGUGAAGUGAGCCAGUAUCUGGCGAUCGUUGGUGAGCGCAGAGUUGUGGUUGCUUGCAUCAACAGCCCACAAUCCGUCACACUUUCCGGAGAUGCCAAUGCGAUUUUUGAGGUUCAAAAGCUUCUAGAAGCCGAUGGAGUCUUCAAUCGAAUUCUCAAAGUUGAUAUUGCGUACCAUUCUCACCACAUGUUUCGUGGUGCUGCCCACUAUCAUAAUGCAAUUUCUCACUUCAUGCCCCGACAACCAACGCGCAAACCCAAGGGGCAUCCUCACAAACUCGGCAAGCUCUUGGUAAGGACAGACAUUGGACCCAGUACAGAGCAAUCAGGCGACACGAGCCAGAAAGUCCACCACGAAGACUACUGCGUUAUGUACUCCUCUGUUACGGGACAGCCAGUUGACUGGGAGCAUCUCACUCCUGAGUACUGGAUGAUCAAUAUGGUGUCCCCUGUCUACUUUUCUGACGCAGUCCUUCAAAUGAUGUCUCGAGAAGACGGAAAGAAACCAGAUGUUAUCCUUGAAUUGGGUCCUCACGCGUCUCUACAGAGCCCGAUCAAACAGAUUCUGGAUGCUCAUACCCGAGGUCGGUCGCAGCCUCCGUACUUCUCUAUGUUCCGAAGGAAAGAUGAUGCAGCUAUAUCCGCAUUGCAGACUAUUGGACACCUGUGGAGUUAUGGUUGUGAAAUAUCCAUGCUUUGGGCAGUCAUGCGCAACGUUCAGCUUCGUCGGCCUAAACUAUUGGUUGAUCUUCCCAAGUACCCUUGGAACCAUGGCAAUUUGCAUUGGCACGAGUCGCAUUUAUCCCGAGCAAAUCGUCUGCAGGUCCAUGGGAGGUAUGAUCUCGUCGGACGUCCCAGGGAGGACUCGACGCCCUUUCAGCCGCGUUGGCGAGGCUUCUUGCGUAUCCAUGAAAAUCCUUGGAUAGAACACCACCAGGUCCAGAAGGCAAUCAUCUAUCCAGCUGCAGGAAUGGUCGCCAUGGUCAUAGAAGGAGCAAAACAAAUAGCCUCAGAGCCUUCUUCAGGGAUCGAAAUAUCUCGAUUCAAGAUCGAGAAGGCAAUGCUCGUUCCGGCAACUGAGCAUGGCUUGGAGUACACUCUCAGCAUGAGCAAACAGGACGCUUUUCAAAGACCAAGAGCAAGAACUCCAAGCUGCUCCGGUGAUAUAUCCAAAAGUCCCGCAAUUUACCAGUUCUUUAUCCACUCCAAACCACUUGACGGUCCUUGGCAGCAACAUGGCCAAGGGUUUGUCAUUAUCCACUCUAGGCUUGUAAGUUCUGAAGCGGUAAUGGAUGAACAAGUCAAGAAGCAAAGAACUGUUACAUCGCAGCGAUACCACAAAACAUAUCUGGAAGCAGCAAGCAUGUGCGAUGAUUUGAUCCUGCCACAGCAGCUAUAUGAGAACCUCGAUGUUGUCGGAAUGAAUUAUGGGCCAUUGUUCCAAAACAUCACUUCGCUCAGCAAGCGAGACAAUAUCUGCAGUUAUGCGAUUCGUAUUCCAGAUACCCAAUCCAUCAUGCCAGCUCGAUUCGAAUACCCUCAUACUGUUCAUCCGGCCACGUUGGACAGCGUUUUCCAAACCGCUUUCGCUUUUGGUGGCGAUUAUUCCAUGGUUCCAUCAUACAUCGGCAGCCUGUAUGUCUCUCUAGACCCUCAGCUGCCAAUUGGUGCCGGUAAGGAGCUAGUUGGAUACGCCAGAGCUGAUCGUCGAGGGUCCCGCGAGGCGAAUGUGACAUUUGUUAUGGGGGAUCAGUCGUGGAAGAGUGCGAACCGGGAUUCUAUGCAGGAUCCGAUCGUUAUAGUCAAGGACAUGACCUUCACUGCUUUAACAUCGAGCCCAGAAAACAAGGGCGACUUCUUACCCAAUCACCACAAUCUUUGCUCAGAGUUUGUCUGGGAAGAUAUUUCUUCACCUUCUAGAGACAAACUUGAGAGCGGAAACAAAGUCCAUCUUCCAGGCGGUACUUUACUCCUCAUGCCCCCGAUUACGAGCCCAUCACUUGCGCAGCUCUGCAGACAGAUCUCCGAGAGAAUAGACUGCACAUCCCAUACGCUGGAAAGCAUGAAAUAUGUCCAAGAGCUUCCGGCUUACUGUAUUUCGCUGCUCGAAAUACUUCAAGACUAUCAGUUUAUCUGGAACUUGUCGAUGGAAGAUUUCUCCACCUUUCGCAGGUUGGUAAACACAACUCGAGGUGUGUUCUGGAUCACUCGGGGCGCACAAGUUGAGUCAACGAACACAAGGGCUAGCCUUUUUCAAGCCCUUGCACGAACAAUUCGUUCCGAGAGCCCCAAAAAGAAUAUUGUCACUAUUGACAUUGAUGCUGAUAUGGAUAUCGCUACCGCGGAAACUUGCGAGUCGAUCGUUUCUCUAUUCCUAACCUCCUCAGAUAGCAAACGGACUAGUGGCAAAGAAACAGAAUACGCACUCAGAGGACACAGACUCCUGGUGUCCCGCCUCGUCCCUAUGGUUUCAUUAAACAGACUGGUCGAACGCGGCAAUACCCCUUCCGCACCUGUGGUUCAGCGUAUGGCACAGAGCGGUGAACGAUCACUCAGAUUGAAAGGUAGAGAUUUGGGAAAACUAGAAAGCCUCUAUUGGGAUGAUGGCUUUGACUUUGAAGUUCCAAUUGCUCCGGAUUCCAUCAAGAUCAAAGUGCUAUCGACUGGCUUGAGUGCUCUUGAUACAGAUAUCAUCCUGGGCCAAGGCUAUGGCCACUCACUGGGCACUGAUGCAUAUGGCAUCAUCGAAGAGAUUGGUCGUGAUGUCCAAGGAUUUGACAUUGGGCAUCGCGUGAUCGCCAUUUCUCGUGGCACUCUUCGGCAACGCAUCGUGUGCCCAAAGACCUUGGUCCAGAAGUUACCCGACGAAGUCACUGGUCCAUCUGUUGUGCUCCUGCCAACGAGCCUUGCCAUCGCAGAUUACGCAUUGCAUACUCUUGUGUCUCUACAACAUCAGCACACGGUCUUGAUCCACUCAGGCGCCGGACCUGUUGGACAAGCUGCAGUCAGAAUGGCCAAGCAAAUCGGUGCCAAGGUUCUUGCAACAGUAACGAAUGAUCAGCAGCGGCAUAUCCUCAGGCAUUGCCACCAGCUUCCAGACGAGUGGAUUCUUGAUGGAAACAGCCUUUUUCUAAUUGAGUCUAUCAAUCAAUUGACGAAUAAUCAAGGUGUCGAUGUCAUCUUCGAUUUGACAACGGAGCACUAUGAGUCGAAUCGGCAGUGUAUUGCCAGUCUGGGCCACAUCAUCACACUCGCCAAUCAAGAAACAAGGAGUCUUCAGGCAGUUGAUUCCAAUGGCAAAGUGUUUUCCUACAGCGUCCUUGACCUCCCAUACCUGGCCAAGAAGGAACCGUGGCGCCUUGAUGAAUCAGUACGGUCUCGCUGUUCGACUGACAUCCGGAAAUGGACAACCCCGUGCUGUUGUUUUCUCGAUAAAUACGACUAUUCGCAGCUACCAGAGGCGUUUGAGUCUAUGGCGCAAGAUAGCCAGUGCGACAUGGCCUAUUGUGUACCGUCGAAGGCCAAGCAAGUUCCUAUCGUACCGCGCCGUGUCCAUCCGGUAGCCCACCACCUACGAGAUGAUGGCACGUAUGUCUUGGCUGGGCAAGGAGGCCUUGGGAUGCAGAUCGCCAGGCUGCUUGAACGCAACGGAACAAAGAAUGUUGCUCUAAUUUCUCGCUCGGGUGCUUCCAGUAAGGAAUCACAAGCCACACUUUCUUUCCUCCAGAACAGAGGGGUGAACGUCAAGGUUGUGAAGGUCGACAUCUGCGAUAAGGAGGCACUGCGUUCUGUCGUGGAUGAUAUCAAGCGUACUAUGCCGCGCAUUCGUGGAUUGUUCCAGUGUGCUGCUACAAUCCGCGAUGCGGUUUUCGACAACAUGACGUACGAAGACUGGCAAGCCGCAGUCCGGCCCAAAACCACUGGCUCCUUGAAUCUGUACGACUUGUUUCCACAAGACAUGGACUUCUUCAUAUUCCUUUCCAGUUCUGCCGGAGUCAUCGGCACUCGUGGCCAGGCCAAUUACGCUGCGGGAAACGCCUUUCAAGACGCGUUGGCUCGGCACAUCAGCUCCCGGGGGAUCAUGCGAUCCGUCUCUAUUGACUUGGGCCCUGUACUCGGCGCUGGUAUGCUAGCAGAAGACCCAACUAUGUUGGAGAAGCUCAAAACAAGCGGCUUCAUGCCAAUUCGGCUUCAAGAUUUUGAUUGCAUUAUUGAACGCGCCAUCACUGGUUUCGUGGACGGCGACGACCGCAUUCCGGCUCAAAUUGUUGUAGGAGUCGGCACGGGUGGACUUAUCAGACAAAACAAACCAGCAGACCCGUAUUGGGCCCGUACGGCUCUUUUCACACACCUCAACAAGGUAGAUCUGCCGCCUGACACCGCUGAGUCCUCAACCAACAUAGAAGGAUCAGAGCAGAGCGUCAAAGCUCUGCUCUCACAAGCAGCAGAUGAAGAAGGGGCACAGGCAAUUGUCACCGCCGGAUUGUCUCAAGUCCUUGCUAGAAGCAUGAACAUGAAAGCUGUCGAUAUAGACGAUGCAAAGUCCCCCAACGCUUACGGAGUAGACUCCUUGGUCGCUAUCGGUGUGAGAAACUGGGUGUACAGAGAGUGCGAUGUGGAUGUGUCGGUUUUUGAGAUCCUGAGCGAUACAAGCAUCGCAGAGCUCAGCGCUACGAUUGUGGACAGAAGCGCCCUACAUGACGCACGUUGA